ACAAAAGGGGAAAAAGAGAAAAGUAAAGAACGAAGAAAAAUAACCCUUCUUGUCCUUCCACUUCGAUGAAAUUGCUAUAUGGUUCAUUAUUGUUGUUGGUUCAUUAUGACGAACUCAUAGAUCAUAAUUACCAUCAUCAUCAUCAAUAAAACAACAACAGCCACUGCAUCAUCACCAUUUUCAUUUCUUUUCUUAAUCUCAACAUUCUAAACACAGACACAUAAACGAUCAUCAUCAAUCAUCGUAUCAUGUCGUUCUCUUUUUUUAAGGUUUCGAGACCUAAAACGCCGCAGGAAGUUGUCAAGUCUAUCAAAGAGAGUCUCAUGGCACUCGAUACAAAAACUGUUGUUGAAGUUAAAGCCCUUGAAAAGGCUUUAGAAGAAGUUGAAAAGAAUUUUGUAACAAUGAGAACUAUGCUUUCUGGAGAUGGGGAAUCAGAACCGAAUUUGGAUCAGGUUUCACAGCUUGUGGAGGAAAUCUGCAAGGAGGAUGUUCUUACUCUUAUAAUUCACAAGCUGCCUAUACUUGGAUGGGAAGGUAGAAAGGAUUUAGUCCACUGUUGGACCAUAUUGUUGAAACAAAAGGUUGAUUCCAACCAUUGUUGCGUAGAAUACAUUGAACAACACAUUGAAUUACUAGACUUUCUUGUUGUAUGCUAUGAUAACAAAGAAGUUGCCUUGAGCUCUGGCCUAAUGUUGCGGGAGUGCAUCAAAUUUCCUAGUCUUGCAAAAUACAUAUUGGAGUCUGCAAGCUUUGUGUUGUUUUUUAAAUAUGUAGAGUUGCCUAACUUUGAUGUAGCAUCUGAUGCAUUUUCUACAUUUAAGGACCUUCUCACUAAACAUGGAAAUGUGGUCGCCGAAUUUUUGACAGCACAUUACGAUGAGUUCUUUGAUCAAUACGAGACGCUCUUGACGUCACCUAAUUAUGUUACAAGGAGGCAGUCUAUAAAGCUUCUCUCGGAUUUUCUUUUGGAAUCUCCCAAUGCUCAGAUAAUGAAGCGCUACAUCUUAGAAGUUCGUUAUUUGAAAGUUAUGAUGACGUUGUUGACGGAUUCAAGUAAAAACAUUCAAUUAUCAGCUUUCCACAUUUUCAAGAUUUUUGUUGCUAAUCCUAAUAAGCCGCGAGAAGUAAAAAUUAUUCUGGGGAAGAACAAGGAGAAACUGCUAGAAUUGCUUCAUAAUCUAUCUCCGGGAAAAGGUUCAGAAGAUGACCAGUUUGAGGAAGAAAAGGAGUUUAUCAUCAAUGAAAUUGAAAAAAUAAGUCUAGGUAGUUCAUUCUAAAACAGCUGUGUUUGAUUGUAACAAUUUUUGCUUUUAUGUGUAUAUUCAAAUUUAAUUUAAUGCAAGGCUUUCAUAUUGGUGUUUGUGAGCAA